AAAACCAACACAAACGGUGUUUGUAUCAUUUUCCAGGAGGACAGCCAAGCACACAGUUCUGCUGUUGUGGUGACAGAAAAUCAGAAUGGCUACAUCUGUGAUGUCUUACAGUUUGAAACAUAACCUUCCUGUUGUGUCUGAUGUCCCACCUGCCAAAAGAGAAAAAAGUGUGGACAACUCCCCAGCAGGUGUUUCACAGAUUGUAUCUGCAAAUAAAGGUGAGUGUUUCCCCUUAAAGAAGCCGGCUGGUGCCACAUUCAGGAACGCAGAGCUUAAGGACACCAUUUACAAAGAUAAUUUUCCUGUGGUGAACGGCUGGGGGAAAUUCUACCUUCCAAAGGCUGUAACCAUGCAGGUUAUUGGUGUGGUCGAGGGCAUCUUAUGCCCAUGUGAGCAGCUCGUUCUGAUGACCUGUGAGGACCAAAAGGUCUAUGCCUAUGAUGAAGAGAAGCUGCAUCUGGUGGCUUCAACCAAGAAGCAACUACGUGAUGAGGGAAUGGAGUAUCCAGCAUCUACGACCUAUUACAGGGGAGAGGCCUUUAAAGACAUGCCUAGAAAGCAUCGAACAGACAAGAACAUUAGCCCUUUCGGGGAGAAGUUGGACAAAGAGUACAAGAAGCUGCUAGCAGCAAUGAAACCUGCCAUCCUGGAAAAUCUGAAGCACAGCAGAAAGCAGAUGAUUCAAAGUUGAUCAUGUAGCUUGCCUCUCUGCAGCUUCCUCCUCCUGUUAUUCCCCCAAAACCCCAUCUCCUUAGAGACUCUGCCAGCUCCCAAACAGACAAAAAACAAGCUAAAAACCAUCCCCCCCGACUUAAACAUAAAAAAUCACAAAGAAAGAACAAUACAGUAGCCACAUCUGCACCAAAGAGUAAAACAGUGAAAUGUGGAUUAU